UUUAGAAUAAGAGCAUAACGACAACUUGCAUCUAACAUGAGUCUAAUUUGUGUCAUAUUAAAACACAGCUCAACACAAAAGACUGGCUCGAAAGAGUAAGUCUCACGCAAUACAAGGGCAUGUUUGAGGGGAAAGGCUACAAAGAACAAAAACAUCUUGCUCGACUCAAAACAUGUAACUUAGAGCAGCUUUUCCCCGACAUAAAGAAAGCUCACAUCAAGCGCCUAAAGAUGUCCAUUGCCUACAUGAGAGAGCAGACUGACGAGGAAAAACUACAAGAGAAGGUAAAGAAAAAAAUGAGGGAGAAAACAAGGCUAGACAUGGAAGAUGGUGAGCCAAUGAUGAAGAAACAACACCGCAUGUGGGAACAACUGAAAGAGAGCUGUCUUAAAGCAGAAGAUGACCUUGAGGUUAACAGUAGCAAUGACAACACACUGAAAGACAAACUGAAAGACCUACGGGACUCCGCCAUCAAAGUGCUUAGUGUAGUCAACGUGCUGUGGCUGGUCUUCAUCGUCACCAUCGCCAAGUCUGAUGUGCUCCACAUCUCCGGACACAACCCGCUAGGUAUCCUCUCCCUUGCAGUGUUUGGCUUGAUCCAAGUGUUCCAGUUCUUAGCUAUGGUGUACCACAGGACGAUGGCUUUCCUGCACUGGGUAGCUAGGGCAGAAAUGGGGUAUGAGAAUAAAAAGUGCCUGAAAGACGUAAGGGACAAUGCCGUCCAUGAUACGUCGAUGAAUGUUUGAAUACCGUCCAUGUUUAGAAUGAUGCAAGUUCAUAUGUGAAAAAAAUUCUUCCACCAAAAAGUAUUGAUUUUGAGAAAUAUUACUGAUAUUGCUGUUUCAAUAAUUAAAACAGUGGUAGAGAGCAAUAUAGGAAGAAUAAAUUCCUAUCAUCACUCCAAGAUAACAAAACAUUUAUGUAAAAAAGACUUUGCGUAUCGGACAAACACAGACACCAAUAUAGACGAUACUUGUACAUUUGUACUUCUUCCAUUGACCUAAAAAGAAAUAAAUAAUACGUUAAAAAAUAAACAACGAUAAUGAAGCAAAGGUAAUGAUAAAAAUAUUGAAAGGAUGUAACAAACAGACCAACUACCAAUUCAUAAUGUUUAUGUUGCAUUAUGUUGUAAAAUUAGCUUAUGAUAAAGAAGGAAUGUAUACAUGUACGUGACAUUUGAAAAAACAGUUCGGAAAUAUUUGUUUUUUUUAAUGUUCAAAUGAUCGUAAAAAUGUAAUUAGCACAAUAUGUUUCAAUUAGUGGUAUUCUCUAUAUGGAAUCACAUUUAUUCAUAUCCUGGCAGAAUAUGAUUUUCAACAUUUUGUCAUUAAUUGUGACCUCCGCAUUCACAUGAUUUAUGCGCAGUGAUGUUUUACCUUAACUGAAUUUGUCACAAGUACAAAAAUUCUUAUCAAUACCAUUAAGGGUUUAUCACACUUUCUAUUGAGAGGAAAUGUCUGUAAAGCUCUUAAUACAGAGUCGAACAUGGCCCCCGAACCAUGGUUGGGAGUAGGUCGGGAGCAAGAUAGCCCGUGGUUGGCUGGUGUUCGGCGAGGUCAGCUACUGUUCGGCUGUUUUAAAAAUGUCGGAAGGUUGGGCCAUGGUGGGUUGGUGUUAGGGAGUAGGUCAGCAGUGUUGGGGGUACCAAUAAAUACUGCUAUCAAAUACAUGCGAAACUUGGACAUUUAAUGUGUUCUCACGUGGUUACAACCUAACCAAUAGGUCAUGUUCUGCGAUUGACAAAAAAUAACUCGCUUAAAUGUCGCACAUGCAAAAUACUAUAGUUCAAGUCUAUUUCAAAGAUUAUAAGUAGUUGAAAAAUGUUUUAAUUGUCCAAUUUAUUGCGUAUUUUAGUAUUAUAAUCUUAAUGUUGUAAGUAGUAAUUUCAAUGGUAUUUCUGAAUAUUUCAAAAUGUAAUAAGAUAUUAGUUAAUAUAACAUGUUCGCGACUUUGUACAAACCUCACAAUUCAGCCAUGAGGUUGUGAUGGGUUUUGGUUUUCAAUAAAGAAAUAAACAAUAAAUAAUCCGUGGCCUGUGCCCAAGGAUGGGCAGCAGUCCUAAGUAGUGAGAAGAUUGGAAAAAUAACUUAGAGCCAUAUUGAUGACAACAUAUAUGUAGAACAGUGAUCUUGACACACUAUGUUAAAGAUAACCCUAUAUAUUGAAAUGAUCAAGUGAAUGCCUGUAGAGGUUUGGUCUAAUGUGGUUGCUGUGUACUUGUCUCUAUUAUACCAAAUUUUGGACAUGUUCAGAAAGUAGCACAUAGGACUAUGUUUGAAGCUCUGAAAACGUCAACGUAGAAUGUCAAUGGAAUCCGAUAGUUUAGUGAAAGUAACCGUGUUUUUUGUCUAUCAAAUGAAGGCUUGUAUAGGUCGGGGACUUAUUUGGUUGCUGUGUACUAGCCCUAAUCGUAGGCCAUGUUUGCUCAUGUGUAGAAAUUAACAGUUUGUGCUUUGUUUUAAGCUAUGA